AUGCGGUUUGACUACGUUAUGGGCCUUCUGGCCGGGCUUGCAACAACCGCCACUGCAGACAGCAUGACGGUCUUCACCAAGUGUAGCCUUACCGAUUGCAACAGUGGCGAAGCGUAUUUCUACACCAAAUACGGCACCUACAAGGUCAAUGCCAACAAAGGGUGCAGGAAGACCAAGGUGCCUGGGAUGACGGAGUUUUGCGUCGAUUGGGGAAAGAAUCGCGGCCACUUCCGCUUUAACCACCAGUCUAACAAGCGUUGUCUCUUGAUGAGGUCCAAAAGCUUUUAUGCCUGCGAUUAUCCUAGAUGCCACAAGACUGAGUGGAAGGAAUCUGGCUGUAGCUGGAGGGAGAUGCCUUCGAACGACACCGUGAUUGUGACCGAGUCUGCUACGGCUACUGUUGCAUUCCCUGAGGAAACCGGUGAUGAUGAUGAGGAGUUUAACUACGUCCCAACCCCAGAGAUUACCGAGGUCCCUACUCUCGACUAA